CAUGGCUUCGACAGAACCAUAAGAUUGUAAUCUUAACGCAAGCAAUAAGUGCUCUCAUCGGUUGGCCGUUCACCGCAUUACUCGGUCUUCCGAUUGCUAUCGAAAUGCUAAUCAAUAAAAAGAAACGAAUCUUUUUCGCCAAAUGGUCGGCAAUAAUCGGUGUCUCAGUUUUGUUGCCAUUAGUUCUGAUCGAUACGUAUUAUUACGGAAAGCUGGUGUUGGCUCCGGUCAAUAUAGUGCUGUAUAACGUGUUCAGUUCCCACGGUCCAGACCUCUAUGGCACAGAACCCUGGUUCUUCUACUUCACCAAUUGCUUUCUUAACUUCAAUCUCGUGUUUGUCGUGUCUUUAGCAGCCCUUCCCGUUAUGUUGUUUUGCAAACUCUUUGUGAAAUCUAAGCGAAAUAUCGUCAACUCUAGUCAUAUAAUAUGUUUGUCUUCACUACUCCUCUGGUUUGCCGUAUUCUUCAGUCAAUCCCAUAAAGAGGAGCGGUUUAUAUACCCGGCGUAUCCACUCAUCUGUCUGUCGGCCGCCUUUGCUAUAGAGAUGGUCCAGAAGGCACUGACGGCUAUUAUUCCCCGUUUGACUUACUUUUACUCAUCAUUAGUCUUA